CCGGCAUUUCAGUAUUCUACUGCCUAGACAAGAGGCAAAGUCGUCGUGUAUUAUUUAUUUAUUUAUUGUGCAUACGUUCAGUUUUUAAUUUAAGAUGUUGUCCCUUUGUCUUUACGUGCCUGUUUCGAACUCCGAUCCUAUCGAGGUUGAUUAUUUCGAAUCAAAUGGACUUCCGUCCGAGCUGAAAUCCUUGUUCAAGCUAAGCGUACUACUCCCAUCUCAGGAAUUUUCUACUUAUCAGAAAUGGAGAAAGAAAAUUGUGAAGGAGGAGAAAGAAGUUGGUGGCCAGCUGGACUUUGAGGAGUUUGUUCAUUACCUGCAAGACCACGAGAAGGACUUGAAGCUUGUGUUCAAGACGCUGGAUAAGAAGAAUGCAGGUCACGUCGAUGCCAAAGAGGUCGUGGAGUCGCUACGAGACCUUGGCGUCUACAUCACACUACAGCAGGCCGAAAAAGUCCUCACAAGCAUGGACAAGAACGGGACGAUGACCAUCGACUCAAAAGACUGGAAGAAUUACCCCAUCUCGCAGCCUGCGGAGAACCUCCCAGAGAUCAUUCUUUACUGGAAACACUCAACGAUCUUUGAUGUGGGGGAGAACCUGAUGGUCCCAGAUGAGUUCACGGAGGAGGAGAAGCUGACGGGGAUGUGGUGGCGCCACCUGGUGGCUGGAGGGGGCGCAGGCGCAGUGUCCAGGACCUUCACCGCCCCACUGGACCGACUCAAGGUCAUCAUGCAGGUCCACGGCUCUCGGAGCGGGAACAUGUGCCUGAUGACGGGCCUCGCUCAGAUGAUCAAAGAGGGCGGCGUGCGCGCGCUGUGGAGAGGAAACGGCAUCAACGUCAUCAAGAUCGCCCCUGAGUCCGCCCUCAAGUUCAUGGCCUACGAGCAGAUUAAGCGCCUGAUGGGCAGCAACGGGCAGACGCUUGGCAUCUCCGAGCGCUUCCUGGCCGGCUCUCUGGCAGGAGUCUUCGCCCAGAGCGUCAUCUACCCGAUGGAGGUCCUGAAGACCCGGUUGGCGCUGAGAACGACGGGCCAGUACGACGGCAUCUCGGACUGUGCCAAGCAGAUCCUCCGGCGGGAGGGCAUGAGCGCCUUCUACAAGGGCUACGUGCCCAACAUGCUGGGCAUCAUCCCCUAUGCGGGCAUCGACCUGGCCGUGUACGAGACGCUGAAGAACUCCUGGCUGCAGCGGUACGGUUCCGAGAGUAAAGACCCGGGCGUGUUUGUGCUCCUGGCCUGUGGAACAGUCUCUAGCACUUGUGGUCAGCUGGCCAGCUACCCGCUGGCGUUGGUCCGGACGCGCAUGCAGGCACAAGCUACGCUCCAGAGCAGCGCCCCGCAGGCCUCCAUGAGCGGCCUGUUCAAGCAGAUCCUGCGGACGGAGGGCCCCACGGGCCUGUACCGCGGCCUGACCCCCAACUUCCUCAAGGUCAUCCCCGCCGUCAGCAUCAGCUACGUGGUGUACGAGAACAUCAAGUCCUCUCUGGGCGUCAAGUCGCGCUGAACAAGCCUCUCCAUGCUGCCGUGCUUUAGCAUUUUCUUUUGGACAGAGAAGUGAAGGGUCUGGACAGAGGACUCCUUCAGUCUGGACGCCUCAGACCCCGUGAGGCACUUGAGUCGCUGCCCUGCUGGAGAGAUGAGCAGGCUGGCAAACACGCACAAAAAGUGACCGUUUGUCUGGACUAUGAGUGCUUCAGGAAGUGAUGGAGUGUGGACUAUGAAUGCUGUGCAGAGGGAGUCGGGGGUGCCUUUAACCAGCGCUGCUGCUGUCAUCCAAAUAGAUUUAUUUUUUAUAUUAACUUUGACGAGAGACCAUGGUACUUACCCUAGGAUUACUGAAGGUGCGGACCAAAUCUGUGUUGUGAAUCCACCUCCAGCUUGGCUGAAGAGUGUGUAUUUAUUUGUGGGCGUCUGAAAGGCAGUCUAAUGUCUGAUGUAUUCUUCAGUUGUAAGCGUUAACAGUAUGUGUGUGUGUGUGAUGGACAGUGUGUGUGCCCACUAUUCUAGUAACCGUCUUCGUAUCCACGUCAGUCCCAACGAGCAGCACCAAGUCUUGUCGCCCUGAGAGGUGAUCUCGAGCUCUGAGAGAGGAAACCAAACGCAAUCAAUGAGUCUCAACCAAAGCUGCUCCACACUACACACAGCUCUGACUGCUGGGGAGGGAGGCGGGGG